AUGUCAGAGUUUCAGAAGGAGGAGCUUUCGCUCGAAGAGACCAACAAGCUCCGCAUCUCGCUCGGCCUCAAGCCUCUUGUUGCCGACGAUGCGCCUUCCUCGUCUUCCAAGCCCGCGCAGGAAGACGCUACUCCCAAGCUAGACUCGGAUGCAGUCGCUGCGAGGAACUUUCAGCAGAAGCAGCAGCGCGACCGGCGCGAGCGCGAAGAUGCCGAGCUGCGCGAACGGCUAGCGCGGGCACAGGCAAAGCGCGACGCUGCUCGUCGUCUCAAUGGCCCCACACUCGGCGAUCCCGAACCGACGCUUGGCGAUGCCUCUGCGUCGUCGUCCAGGGACACGCUGCGGUGGAUCAAAGAGUCCAAGAAGCGCGCCAAGGAGCAUGCGGCUCGCAGAGCCAAGGAGCUGGAAGAGCAGGAGGCGCGUGCAGAGGCAGAGUACCGCGACACUGACCUCGUCGGUCUGCGCGUCCGCCACGAUGCGGACGAAUUCGGCGAAGGCGAAGAGCGCAUCCUCACGCUGCGCGAUAACGACGUGCUCGACGACGGCGAUGACGAGCUCAUGGACGCUGCGCUUGAUCAGGCCGAGCGCGACCAGAAGAACAUGGAGCGCAAAAAGGGUGUCAGGGAGUACUCUGGCUUGGACGACGACGAGAUGCUGCUGGGUCGCAAGAAGGGCGUGCUGUCCAAGUACGACGCCGACCUGCCCGAGUCGGAACUCGACUCUGCUACCGACUCGGGCUUCCGCCUCGGUGCGAGCGUCUCUGUCGCCGACCGCCAGGCUCGACUGCGUCAGGAGGCCGAAGAGGCGGCGCGGCGCGACAACAAGCAGCUGCUCACACUCGACUACGCCAAGAACCAGGAGGUCUCGGACUACCUCCAAGAGGGCGAUGUGGGAUUCAAGAAGCCCAAGGCCAAGAAGCGCAAGAAGGCAGCCAAGGUCAAGAUCAGCUUUGACGAUGACGAUGACGAUACCCCACGUGGCGCUGCGUCGACCCCUGCUGCGGCUGAGGCUGAUGCGACGCCCGAUGUGGAGAUGCAAGACUCGAAGCCAGUGGCGCGCGCGACGAGGCGCGAGCAGACGGACAACUUUGUGGACGACGACGAGCUGCAGGCUUCGCUCGCCAAGUCGCGCCGACUCAAGGCCAAGAAGACGUUCAAAAAGAUGACGCCUGAGAUGAUCGCCAAGAGCCUCGCUGAACAGCGCGCGGCCGAGGAGGCCGAGCAGGCUGCGGCGGGAACGUCCAACGGUGUAGCGUCGCCGAUGGUAGCCAAUGGCGCCAUCAAGCAGGAGGAGGGCGAGGGCGGCCUAACAUUUGACGAGACGAGCGAGUUUGUGCGUGCGAUCCGCGAGCGACCCAUCGAGAGCGAGAUGCGAUCGAGCGCUCGAGCGGUGAAGCAAGAAUCGCCCGUUGCAUCGUUGGGCGAGGUGCAGGUGAAGCGAGAGGAAUCGGUCGACGCGGGUGACGUGCCUAUGCGCGAACUCAACUCUUCCGACAUCAAGGCACGGGACGAAGCCGAUGUUGCGCCUGGUGCCGUCGAGGUCAAAGAAGAGCCCGAAGAAGGCGAGGCGCUCGCUGCUGUCAAACCCGAAGCCUCGGAUCUGGAUGGCGACGCGAGCGAGCCACUGAUCGGCCGGGGUAUGGCAAGCACACUCUCAUUCCUUCGGCAGCAGGGUAUGGUUCCGCACGUCGACGCCGAGCUAGCCACACGCGAGCAGCAGCAGCGCCAAUACGAUGCGUGGCUCGCCUCCCGUCGUCUUGAAGAGCAACUGCGCUCGACCGAGCGCCAGCAAUCGAAAGCGUCCGGAUCGUCGGUCGACCAAGCGACGCGCGAAGCCCACAACCGAUCUCGGGAGGUCGAAGAUGCGCGUCUAGCUCAGGAGCGCUUCCGGGACUACAAGCCGGAUGUGUCGAUCAAGUACCAUGACGAGUUCGGGCGCGAUUUGAACCAGAAGGAGGCGUGGAAGCAUCUGUCGCACGUCUUCCACGGCAAGAAACCGGGCACCAAGAAGACCGAGAAGCGGCUGAAGCGGAUCGAGGACGAGCAGAAGCGCGAGCGCAUGGCGGCGGGCGACACGCCCACUGGCAUGAUGGCGGCGUUCCAGAGCAGGAGCGAGCGCACGGGUAAGGCGCACAUGGUGCUCAGUGUGGGCAGCCGCGAUUCAGCACCCCAGGAGAACGAUCUGCUCGACGGCAAAUCAAAGGACGGCUUGCAGCUGCACAAACCCAAGCGAUCGCAGAAGUCAAAGAAGGACGGGGAGAUCAUGUCAAGCAUGACAGAGGUGGGGUCGAGCACUGCAGCAUCCGAUGCGGCUGGGGAGGGGACGGUGACGACGAGCACGGGUGGAGGAUGGGCGAGGAUCGGAAGCGCAACACCUGCUGCACCUUCCACAUCGACAGCAACUGCGGUGGGUGGAGGAGGAUUCCGACCGAUUGCGUCUUCGACCGACUCAGCACCGAGUACGGGCAAUGCACCGUUCCGUCUGGCAUUUGGUGUCAAGCGCAAAGCGGACAGCUCGCAGUGA